AUGUUAACAAAUACCGCCUGUUGUAAAGCUGAAAGAUACGAAAAUGACUGGGGUCCUCGAAUAAUUGGAGGGCACGAUACAAGUAUCAUCAAUGCACCAUUUAUAGCAUCUUUACAGAGAAGAAGAGGGAGGCUUGCAAUGCAUAUUUGCGGAGCUGUUAUAAUAACAAAAACAUAUUUAUUGACAGCUGCUCAUUGUAUUACUAACCGUGACGAGAAUAAAGGGAAUAAAUCCUAUGCAAUUGCAUCGCCGAAGAAGCAUCUAGUCAGCACUGGAAGUACAUAUGCAGGACAAGGAAAUAUUACUUGGGUAAAAAAAUUUUUCGUCCACCCAGAUUUUAAUGCUAGAAAAUUAUUUAAUGAUAUUGGGACUAUUGCCGUGGCAAGAGAUCUUGUGUUCAACAUGAAAACUCAACCUGGUAAAUUGCCCGAAGGAAACUUAACAGAAACUUCAGUAAUACUUGAUAAUUAUAUAGAGGCCAGAACAGAAUGCAAAGCUUAUGGAUGGGGGCUCUCUACCGCCAGAUCUUUUUCUGGUUUGAAGGUCGUUGGUUUGCAUCUAAUUAAGACAGAUACCUGUCAGAGGAUACUCGCAAGAAAACAUUUAUACCACUUGUUGAGAGGUAGAGAAGGUGCUCAUUAUACCAUAUUUUCCGAAUAUUACGAAGAUUCCUGGAAAUCAUCUCCCAACGGCUUGUCAAAGGAAAUAAAGGUGCUUCUUCUUGUUCUGGUCGGGCUAGGAGGGGUUGACCAAUAA